AUGUUUGGAGAGGAUGAUACUAAUUCUAGAAUCUCUCUCUCACACUCUCUCUUUCUCUCUCACACUCUCUCUCUCUCUCAUUCUCACACUUUCUCUCUCUCUCUCUCUCUCUCUCUUCGGACUGUUAAUGUCAGUCAUUCUCUUUCUCUCGCUCUCUUUCACUCCAACUCAGGUUUUCUUAGUCCUUUGCUCUCUCUCUCUCUCUCUCUCUCUCUCUGCCACUGGUUUUUUCUUUCUCUCUCUUCGCCUCUGGUUUCCUCAAGUUCUUUUCUCUCUCUCUCCCUUUCUCUCUCUGCCACUGGUUUUCUCUCUUACUCUCUCUCUCUCUCUCUCUCUCUUCACUUCUAUUUUCUGUUUUUUCUCUCAAUUUCUCUCUCUCGCUCCAACUCUAGUUUUCUCAGUCUCUGUCUGUCUGUCUGUCUGUCUGUGUGUCUGUGUGUCUGUCUGUCUGUCUGUCUCUCUCUCUCUCUCUCUCUCACUCCGGCUCUAGUUUUCUUAGUCUCUGUCUGUCUGUCUGUCUGUCUCUCUGUCUCUCUCUCUCUCUACGACUCUAGUUUUCUCUCUCUCUCUCUCUCUGUCUGUCUGUCUGUCUCUGUCUGUCUCUCUCUCUACGACUCUAGUUUUCUCUCUGUCUGUCUGUCUGUCUGUCUGUCUCUGUCUCUCUCUCUCUCCGACUCUAGUUUUCUCAGUCUCUUUCUCUCACUCCCUCUCUUUUUCUCUCGGUUUAUCAGUCUCUCUCUCACUCUCCGCCCUUAG